UCUUCCCCGGGCCCGGGCUGCAGAUGGCGUGGCCGGGUUGCUAUUCGCUCCGGGCCGGGGCUCCCGGUUCCCGCAGCUGCCGGCGGCUCACGUUGUGAUGCCAGAAAAUGGAGAAGGCUCCGGGCAGCGCUGACCUCCGCUGGAGCUCGGUGUCUUUACCCCUGGAUCUGAUCAUCGGCAAAUUCCGCUUACCCACCCUGGCCCGGCUCAGCACAGGAGAAUAUAUAGAGGGAUUGACCGACCAGGAUCUAUUACUAAUCCAUUCAUGUAGGCAGUGGACUACGGUUACUGCACAUAGCUUGGAGGAAGGUCACUAUGUGAUUGGACCGAAGAUUGACAUUCCACUGCAAUACCUCGGAAAGUUUAAGUUGCUGGAUCAGGAUCGAGAUGUCAGGGAGCCUGUGCAGUAUUUUAACAGUGUUGAGGAAGUGGCCAGUGUUUUUCCAGAUCGUGUUUUCGUUAUGGAGGCAAUAACAUUCAGCGUAAAGGUGGUUUCUGGUGAAUUCAGUGAAGAUAGUGAGGUCUACAACUUCACAUUGCAGGCUGGUGAUGAGCUGACACUGAUGGGCCAGGCUGAGAUUCUCUGUGCCAAGACAGUAAAAGAAAAAUCCCGCUUCAACACUCUAUUGCGAAAAUUGGGCAAAACAAGCACUCUAAGCAAACAGGUCAAAGGCAAGAUGCCAUGCCUCAUCUGCAUGAACCACAGGACCAAUGAGAGCCUUAGCCUUCCCUUCCAGUGCCGGGGAAAGUUCAGCACUCGUAGUCCCCUUGAGAUGCAGAUGCAGGAAGGAGAGCACACCAUCCGCAGUAUUAUUGAAAAGGUUCGACUACCAGUCAAUGUCACCGUUCCUUCUCGUCCACCCCGCAACUCUUAUGACCUCCAUUGUAUCCGUGAGGGACAUCGCUAUAAACUUGUCAGUAUUAUAUCAAAGACUGUAGUCUUGUGCUGUAUCAUUCGUAAGGAUGACAUUAUCCCUUUGCACUUUCUGCUGCUGUCAGACAUGCCCAGGUUUGUGCUUCCUGAAGGGUUAAUCCGAGGCAACCCUCUUUAUGAGAGGUUAGUGCAAGAAAUAACUUUGUUUAGCCAGGAGCGUUUCAAUGCUGAUGAGUACUCAAAGGCAGUCCGAGAAGUUAAAACAGAUUUUACUGAUGACUGCACUAGUCCAAGAAGAAUCAGAGUUUGCUUGCAAGGAUAUACAACUAAUUCACUGAAUUAUGCCCAGAACGAGCUGACUCAAUCAUUUCAAAGGCUCUCCCUGUGUGCUUUCAGCGGUGCUGUGUUGCAAAACAGUGGGGAGGUUACCUUCCAGAAUUGUAGGGAUUCAAUUGGGGAGCAGCAGAUCAUGCCACAUGAAUUACUAACUCCUCCAGAGGUGGCUGACAUGGACAGAGAAUAUAUGACACCUGACUGGACAGGAAAUUACUUCAGGACUCAAGAGCAGCCUGAAAUUCCCUAUGAGGAACUAUGGACCAAUCAAACACUCGAUAAUUCAAAGGAUUCCUGUGAUGUGGUGACAGAAAGUGAGAUCAAGACACAGCAGAGCUCCGUCUCUUUCUACUCUCAUUCUUCCAUGUCCCCCAGUGAGGAUCCUGUUCUGACAACUCAUCUGACUAUGUUAAAAAUGGGAGAGUCGAGAAUGCCGAGCCCACCCCCUGUACCUCCAAAAUCAGAAGCAGUGAAGGAGGAAUGCCGUCUUCUAAAUGCUCCUCCUAUUCCUCCAAGGGAUGCUAAAGGUGUUCCUACCCCAAGCCCACCGGUUCCUCCUCGAUUUGCAAAGGCCCAGCUCCAGCAAGCCCAUUCACCGAGCCCUAGUCUGUCCUAUUACUCAUCUGGUCUUCAUGAGAUUUCUGGAACCCGUAGUGGCAGCUGUUCACCAUCCCCAGACUCGUACUCACUUUACUGUUACCCAUGCACAUGGGGAGACUGCAAGGUUACGGAUUCUUCCAACCAUCCAAUAUCAGGGAACAUUUCAACCAAUAUCCAGAAUGUACAGACCUCCUGGUCAAAUGCAUGGGCAUAUUCAGACAGUGUUCAAAGCAUGACCAGUGGGCGAUCUACAUCCCGAUUAUCAGGAGAUGCUGUUCACAAAAGUUACUACAGUUGUCCUCGACUGAAACCUCCAGGUUCUCAAAAACGGUUUGCUCCUUUUGGAGCACUAAACCCUUUUUCCAAUCCUAGUUACUCAUCUAGUUCAUCAGCAACAGAUUGGUUGGAAUCUUCUGAUCAUCACAAGUCUCCGUCCACUACAUCAGAGCAAUGUGAUCCUUUUGAUCCUACAGUCAGUCGUAGUUCUUCUCCUGAUCCAGGCUCCGUCAGCAUUUCUGGAGAGUUAAGGCACAAGCAGGAAUUUAGAAACUGUGUUCAGGAUUCAUUGUAUAAACAGACUGAAAGCAUAUCUUGUCCUGUCCCACCAUCUCGGCCACCAAAAGUCUGUGAUUCAGACAACAACAUCAUCAUCAGAAGUGCAGCUUCUUUCUCCCCUACUAUUGUGAGAGGUGCUGAGGGUGGAGUCACAAGGGUCUAUCUCACGCAAGGAGUUAUAGAGGUUCCUCCAGUGUCAUCAAGAAGUACUGCAGAUAUACCAGUUUCUGUCCCUUCAUCUAAUACCCCAAGUAUGCCCAAAUUAAAUGAUAGUGGUUCGUACUGGUAUCCACCAUCUGAUCUAUCUACUCUUUCUGUGGAGGAAGUUUCCAAAUGCCUACGGUUCAUAGGCCUUUCAGAAGAUGUGUUAACGUUCUUUAUCCGUGAGCGAAUUGAUGGAAAUAUUUUUGUUCAGUUGACUGAGGAAAUCCUAUCUGAUGAUUUUAAACUGACAAAAUUGCAAGUCAAAAAGAUCAUGCAGUUUAUUAAAGGAUGGAGGCCGAAGAUUUAACCUGAUUCUAUGUUUAGUUAAGUCAGUUAAGGGUUAACUCUUUAAUUCAUUGACUCUCAGUAAUUUGAUUGGUUUUCUUUUAAAAAAAAAUCUCCAGAUGUUUAAAGUGUCUCAGAUCUUCUUUUGCCAUAGAAAAAAACAGGAAUGUAGGUUGGCAUGAAGGAUAGCUGUUAUCAACAUGUUAUAUCCAUUGUUGUUAACAUUGAACACUUGAAGAUUGCUAUAUUUCUUUUCCCAUUAUAUUUAACUGCACAAUAGAUAGAUUUAUUUUAGGAAUAAAUGUGGGUUAAAGAGUUGAGUUAUUUUUGAAUUGUAGUUGAUGCCUUAUUGGAGGUAGAAUAGUCUUCAGGUUAUGCCAGCAUAAGGUUCUCUCUUUAAUCAAAUUCAGUAUGUUUUCACAAAUGUUUAAAGUGCUACAACAAUGGAAAGCUGAAAUGCAAAUUUCAUUUCAGUUUUUAAUCAGAUAACUGCUACAGUUUCUGUUACCAAGUUGAACUAGAUUAAUGACAGCUAAACUCUUCUAUUAAUAAAACAGUGGAACUCCAUUUUUAAAUAAAUUGUAUUACCCAUACUAUUUUCCUGUACUUGCAGAUCUUCCCACCGAACAAAAAUAGGAAAUGCAGGAAAAUGAUCAAAAUAAAAUAAUUCUUGUGCAGCAUGUGGUUAUUGUGACAGCUAGAAGGAAAAUUUAAGUACACAUCUGGGAGCAAACAUACAGUUGGCCUUUUCCAUAGUACAUUGAAUAUACCUAUAAUUUAGCACAUUGUUUUAGCCAGUAAUUUGAUCUAAAAAUGUACUGUACUAAUCACUACUGUCUUAAAAAAUGUAUAGUCUGUUAUUUGUAGAAGACAACUCUACAUUAUGCAGUUUAAUGGCUGUGGUUUUUCCAACUAAUUUUUGGGAAAUUUCUAUGUAUGUAUAUUUAUGGACAAGCAACUCUUCUCAAUACAGAUGCUCGUGUUGA